ACUCGUGUUGUUCUUUGUCCAUCGCGCGAAGCCUCACCUGCUUCGUUCAUCUCUCCAAUUUCGCCAUCGACUCGGUGUAUCUGAUUGAUUCAAAUGGCUUCUUCGUGUCUAUUUCACAAUUUACCUUCAAUUUCAUCGCACCCAUUAGAACGCCAUAGAAACUCAACCAUUUUCGCCCAUUCGCAGUUCCUUCCUUUGAAUUCGUUGAAGCUCCGAAAACAAUCUUUCCUCUGGUAUUCACGAAUUGGGAAGCUUAGAAAUCGAAGCUCUGCUUCUUUCCCUGUUGUAUAUGCUGCACAGAACAAUUUCUUGAGAGUUUUUCAGACAGUUUGGAAGGUUGGAAAGGAUGGGAUUGAGGCAGGAACAGACCUGGUGCCUGACUCUGUACCAAGGCCAGUAGCAAGGAUAUCUGUUGCAAUAGCUGCAUUAUCUAUUGGACUCUUUUUGCUCAAGUCAGUCCUAUCUACAGCCGCAUUUGUGCUGGCUAUGGUGGGAGCAAUUUAUUUCAUCUUUAUAGCCUUGAAUAAAGAUGAAGGGCCAAGAGGAGGUGGAGGCUCUGCCUCCUCCACAGCCUCCACAGAGGAGACUCUUGAAGAAGCCAGAAAAAUAAUGGAGAAGUACAAAUAGUGUUACUUGUGAAUGAGGAGGCCAUGGUACAGCUAUAGUUCAGUGCCUCUUCUAAGUUCACAUGGGCAAAAAAUGACAACUCAAGUAAAGCUCAUAAUUGCAACAUGGGUGGUUUAAACAAACUAGUUGGCAAGAAAAAUGGCUUGUUUUGUAGGUAUAAGAAACGGACACAUGAUACUAUAGCCCCUCUCUAACACUAUGUGUCCAUAAUGCAGCGUUUAUCAUCUGUUCAUGAAUUAUUGAGGGAAAAUCUUCAUUUCAGGUUUAGUUUGAAGAUUUUAUGCUGUUUUUUGUUGAGUUUUUUAAAAGUUUGCUUUGAGAAAGAUUCUUGAUGUGGAUUAAGGACAAGUCUAUCACUUUAGGUCAU